GGUCCUUCCCUUUCAUCCUUCACUUCCUCCACCCACCUUCCAACUGUGUUUCAAUGCCUUUUCUAUCAUGCCUCUGAUCUUGUAAGCUUCAAUCAUAGUGACUCU